GGGUAAUACGCGGCAAAAAUAAAUUUACUACAUUGUUACAUUUACGACGUCGCAAAUGUAGUAAAUUGAAAUUUGUCGCAAAUUAAAAAUGUCGCAAAAUCUGCUUCUAAAUUUAAGGUUAUGAAACUAGUUGUUUCCAUCGUUUAAAUUCAUUUUUAACGGUUUUUAGAGCUAAGCUGUUUGUUUUUCGUUCGAUUUUUCGUGAUAAUUUAAUUCCCUAGUGUUGUAAUUGUACCCCUGUUGGUACCACAGUUGAUACCAUGAUGAAUACCGAUACCGCAAACUCUGAAAAGGGCAGAAAGCCCCACAAUUUAUACAAGGAACUCGGAUUUGAAUCAUUACAUUUGGACAAUGGAAGAAUGGGAGCUAAGUGUGACACGUGCAACCAUAUUCUAAAAAAUACAGCAAUAUCUCGCCUUCGUACACAUAGAAAAAGAUGUUUUCGCAAGAGCAGUAGUAUUGAUUCUAAAGAAGGUGAAGCCAUAUCAUUAUCGUCAGAUGAUAGUGUGAGGUCUGAAAAUGUAAUGACACCCAUCGAUAGGCCAGUUAGACGGGUUAGACCACUUAACAGGGAAAUUAAUUCUACUGCUGCGUCUACUGGAAUAACUUCUGACGAUGAAACUCAAGAAGUGCCCCAAGAAGUGGUUAUGGAAGUUGAAGUAAACACAAGUGCCCCUCCUCCCCAAUCUUCAUAUAGAGUUUUAGAUAUUGAAAACCUGGAGAUAAUUCCAUCCCCUGUAUCAUCGCCACUACCGAUAUCAUCAUCAGAGGUUGAUGAGUCGUUGGCCAAUCAAAAUCAGCUAUUGGAACAUGGAUAUGCCAAAGAGAAGCGCCAAGGUCGCAAUUUUCCCAUCAAUUUCGCAGCUUCCAUUUCCACUGUAUCCUCAUCAUCAUCAUCAUCGAGGACUGACAUAUCAAGAUCGUCUAAGUUAAUUAAUGGAAAUAAAAAUAACAGCAGGCAAAAGAAGGAAAAAAAAACAAAAAACCUAAGUUCCUUUGUUGACAAAAUGAAUCAAAAUGAAGAAGAAGAGGCAAAUAUAUCUUUGGCAACAUUUUUUUUUGGGUAUAAUAUUCCGUUCAGUGUUGUGGAAAGUGACCAUUUCAAGAAUUUUUUAAAACUUUUACGUCCGGCAUACAAUCCGCCUACAAGAAAGACCUUAUCUUCUACCCUUUUGGAUAAAGUCCAUGAGCACGUGUUAAUAAACAAUAAAAACAGUUUAAAGAAAUCAGCCACAUUACUUAUAGAUGGUUGGAAAAACUCAUCAAAUAAUACAAACAAUGUAGUAACAAUGCUACAAACUCUUAAUGGUGAAAGUGUGUUUCUUGAAUCUUAUGACUUUUCAACAGCCAAGGAAACGGGUGAAGCACUUGCAGAAGUCUGCAAUAACGCUCUUAAAAAGGCAAAAUCAGCAUACAACUGUGAAAUUUACGCCGUAGUCUCUGAUAAUGCUUCGAAUAUGGUAAAAAUGGGUCGCCUUAUAAAUUUAUGGCAUAGCACUUGCAGCAGUUAUACAGGUAAUCUCCUUGUUAAGGACAUAGUAGAUCAUGACGUCAUGAAAACUGUGACUCUGGUGUUAAAAGAAUUUAAGCACACAACUUUAGAAAACAUGAUUUUACAGAGAGGGGGUUUAAAAAUAGUCUUACCUGUUGAGACACGUUGGUGCUCUCAUCGUGAUUCUUGUGAUUCCUUGCUGAAAAACUUACGGAUCAUGAAACAAGUCGCAGCAGUCGCAGCUGAAGAACAUACUAAAAUUAGGGCUGAAGUUACAUGUUAUCUUUACAAUGAAGAAUUUAUAGAAUCCGUAAAAGCAACAGUAGCUUUGCUAGAUCCAAUUUGCAAAAUUAUUAACACAUGUCAAAAUAAAUCUACUUCCAUUGCAGAUUCCACAGAGGAGUGGUUAACAUUGAACAAUCAAGUUAAGGAAUCAGAAAGUUACAAUGAUAAGAUUAAAAGAUGUGUAAAGUCACGAACGAAUAUGGCUUUAAACAUAUAUAGCUUGGCAGCAAACUAUUUACACCCCAAUUAUAGAGGAAAUUUGUUAAGCAAAGAACAGAAACAAAUGGUUCAGGAUUUCCUUAUUAAUAGUUUGGACUCCGAAGAGAGCUUGGAUGGUCUUAAUGCUUUUAUUAGAAAUGAGGGUAUUUUUGACACCCUAAAAAAGAAGGCACAAAACAUUUCUGUUUCAACAAUUUGGGGUUUAGUAGAAACAAAAUAGGAAGCUCUUUCAACUUUGGCACAAAAGUUACUAAGUAUUCCAGCUUCAUCAGCUCAGUUGGAGAGAUUGUUUUCUAACUGGUCUUUUGUCCACUCAGAUUUGAGGAAUAGAUUGACCAAAGAAAAAUCAAGCAAGUUGGUUUCAGUUUAUUAUUCCCUUAAGCUUAAGGACAGCAAUGUUUCAGAUCAAUAUUAAUAUUAAUACCUUAUUAUUAUUAUAAUAAACGUGUCUUAGUUAUAUUAUUAUAAGUUGUCUAUCCCGUCCAGAAUUAAAACAAUUUUUUUUCUUAAAAAACUGUGUUUUAUGGAUUUUAAAUCCUUGAGAUUUUCACUUUCAAUAGUUUCAAUGUUUUCUUUCAUUGAAUUUGUUACAUAUUGUCGCAAAUGUAGGUAAUAAAUUUUUUGAACGCGUCGUAAUAUACAUUUGCGACAGUCGUAAAUGCCGUCGCAAAUGUACAAUUUGCUACUUACCCAACCCUGAUCUUAGUACGU